UGCUGCAUUCCCCUCCUACAUCUCCGGAGCGCUAUAGAUGAAAAAAAAAUAAAAAGAAAAAACGUAACAGGCGCAAUUCCACGUUAUGCUUCUCCCAGUUUAACACUCGUACGACUACGAGAUUCGACUAACAUACUCGGCUCGCGGACUGCGGACAUUACUUAAUCGUGAUUCGAGCUGGAAAUACGUAUUCUUCGCGACGUGGACGUGUCGUUCGUCGUUUAUAAAUAUUACGAUAUUGCUACGUAUAGUGUUUAAAAGUUCAGUGACGCGAAAAUGUGAUUUUUAUUUGAAACUGUUUUACCUAUACUCGAUAAAGUGACGUGAUAACGCAAGUUUUUCACUCGACCGAACGUGUCAUGUGAGCCAGUUUGUGUUUGAAAUUUUCCAACUUUCUGAGGUAAUGCUCGGGGUAGUGAUGGUGCUAGGAUUUAUAUCAGCAGCCACAGCAAUACCAUGCGAAGAAGCCAACUUAAGAUGCUCGUUUAGAACUGGUUGCGGAAAUGCCUUAAAAGGAUAUAUGAUAGCUUGUUCGACUAUAUUACACGAAACUCCGCCAGAUCAAUGUCCCGAAGGCUGUCAAAACGCUCUUAUCGCACUUACCUCCACUGACGAAGGCAAAGAUCUCAUGACUUGCGAAUGCGCCAAUAACAUGUGUCGAGAAACCAAACAAAAACUAGAAGUAUGUAAGCCUCAUGUCAUGAAAGCCAUCCAAAACGACACCAUAGUCACUUGCGAAGUAGCCCAAUGGAUCUGCGCUGCCGACGCUACCUGUUCCAAAGCUCUAGAAUAUUACCAUAAGUAUUGCCAAGCUAUGUUUUUCGGUCGUAAGUGCACGUAUAGGUGUAAGAAUUCCAUUAGUAUAUUGAAAAAACAAGAAAAAGCAGCCAAAUUGGAUUCCUGCCUGUGUAAUGGUAAAGAAGAAUACGACUGUCCGCGCAUUCGACAGAAUAUGGCUAAAUUAUGUUUCAAUAAAACCAUCGAGGUACCUAUAACCAUCGAUGUAGAAAGUAACGACGUUAAGCCGAAUAUUAACCAAGAAAAAACCAACGAUAUAUUUUCUAAUGAUAUUGAUAACGGCUCAUCUAGUACUUUUAGUUCGAUUACCAAUACUCUUAUUCCCAUUAUGAUUUUAUUAUGUAAACAUUUCGUUACGUGAACAUGAACACUCGUCAUAUUUUUUAUUUUUAUUUUUGAAAUGUUAUGGUUUCGAUUCGAAAAGUCAGGGUUGAGUGUUGGUUGAAAAAUUCCAAAAGCAUGGGCAUUAAAUGCCUCCAAAUGUUAGACCUUUAUUUCGUCAAAGUCACAAGCUGUAAGCCAUAUAUUGCAUUUGUUUUUUUUAUAAUACGUGUUUUCCAUUUUUGUACAUAAUUAUUUUACCAUUUUUUUUUCUUUUUGUAUAAAAUUUGUAUACUGUUUUAUUUUACCAAAGAUGUUGGUAUUUUGUUAUAACAUCGGACGUUAUUAUUUUUUUCGUUUUGAAAUUUUAGUUUGUUAACGAACCACCGAGUGAAAUACAAAAAAUUUUGCAUUUACGUACAAUCUAAAAGCUACAUAUCAUUUUACACGCUGUUUUAAAUAUUUCUGCUACAUACAGCAUGUCCCGAAAGUCUUGAUAGGACUGUCAAUUUCUUAAUGGGUAAAAAAAGCAAAAAUAUGUCAAGGUCAAGGUGUAUCAAAAAUCUCAAAAUGUGAACAUUUAACUAGAUGAAAAUACGAGACAAGAUUUCAAAAAAAAAAAAAUCCAAGCGUUAAAAAUCAAUUAUUUUUAAUACAUAUAUUUUCAAAAAUCAUAUUGAGAAAUUCAAA